AUGGCUAACACUGAUGCAAUAAGGACUGCCAUUGGAAUAAUCGGAAAUGUCAUCUCAUUUUGUUUAUUCAUGUCUCCCUUACCUACAUUUAUUAAAAUAUGGAAAGCAAAAUCAGUGCAAGAUUUCAAGCCAGAUCCAUAUGUGGUAACAAUACUCAAUUGUGCAAUGUGGUCAUUCUAUGGAAUGCCCUUCAUAAGUGAAAGCAACACUCUUGUCAUCACAAUUAAUGGCUUUGGUUUCUUCCUUGAGAUUAUCUACACUUCCAUUUUCUUCAUAUACUCAAACGCCAGUAAACGUAAGAAGAUCUCGUUGGCCAUUCUUGCGGAAACUGUCUUCCUUUUGUUGGUGAUAUUUAUCGUCAUGUAUUUUAUGGACAGCCAAAAGGAAAGAAGGUUGGUGGUUGGAUUUAUAUGCAUAAUCUUCAACAUCCUUAUGUACUUUUCACCCUUAACUGUCAUGAGACAAGUCAUUAGAACAAAGAGUGUGAAGUAUAUGCCAUUCUUACUUUCACUUGCCAACUUCCUCAAUGGACUUGUUUGGACAACUUAUGCACUUCUUAAAUGGGAUCCAUUCAUAGUGGUUCCCAACGGCUUGGGAGCAAUUUCUGGAUUUGCUCAGCUCGUUCUUUAUGGAAUUUACUAUCGAUCAACGAAGUGGGACGAAGACGCGCCGUCUAAUAUCAACAUGGUAUGAUAUUGGCUUGGGUUGAAAGAAAGACAGAACAAGUUCAAAGGAAAAAGUUGUUCAUUUCAAUACAUGCCAGAGGACUCGUGGGAUUUUUCCCUUUUCCCUUUUUGUUUUUUAAUAACAACUUAUUUCAUUUUGUUGAAAUCAUAGCACAUUAGCAUUGAUCUAUUGUAGAAUAGAAUUACUUGAGUUCAUUAUAGUGAUUGUUGUGGGCAUAAAUGGUGUAUAUGCUCAUUUGAGUUUUGCAUAGAUUUAUUACAGGAGAGUUAUAAUCAAAGCAAAUGACAGGGAAAAUCGAUAUUUACGUAUCAUAAAUGAAUCAUAGUUCAAUGUUUCAUUGAAAAACAAAAGGUUCAUAGCCUUGACAACAUAUAAUGUAUGG